ACAAACAUAUGUAUGCAAACACACAUAUUUAUGAAAAAAUAACUACUCAAUUUACAAAAUUAUUAUUAAAUUGUUCUUUUAUUCCGCCAAUGCAAAAAAACCCAAUUUCCCAGGUAGCUUUGCGAUUAGAACAACAAAGAUGGAGAUUCAGCUGUUUCAGGACGUGAUAUGAAUGAAACGUACAACAGAUGAACUAAAGGAGCAACAACCCGCGCAGCACUGCAGAUAAUUCACCACCACUGCGGGUCAACUACAUAACGUGACAUAAGUGUCUACGUCGGUAAUAUUAACAGAUAAAAUGCCUUCUCCUAAAGCUAAAAACCCCGUUCGCAGCGGUGGAAGCCCGGUGCUCGGAAGCUCCAACGGUCGCUACGAGUUCAUGUCGCUGACGAAGCCGUUGAACCGGUCCUCGCCGUCGCAUCUCCUCCAGCGGCAGGGCUCCGAGCCGGCAACGGCUCGCCUCCGAGCAUCGGAGAGCCCCACUCGGCGCCGGGGCUCCAGCUCCUCCACGGGCUCCACGAGCGGCCAGGGGCUAUCAGAAGAAGACGGUAUCCGGCUCAACCCCUCCUUCAUCCGCGUAGCGCUCAGCUCGCUUCUCGCCAUCGACCUGUGGAUGUCCAAGCGGCUGGGGGUGUGUGCCUGUGAGGACUCUUCCUGGGGCAGUGUGCGCCCGUUGAUGAAACUGAUAGAGAUAUCGGGACAUGGCAUCCCCUGGCUGGCUGGUACCGCCUACUGUCUGUACAAGAGCGACAGUGCUGCAGGGCAAGAAGUCAUGCUCAACCUUCUCAUGGGCCUGCUGUUGGACCUGGUCCUGGUUGCCAUUGUUAAGGCAGUGGUGCGUCGGCGUCGGCCAGCACAUAACCGCAUGGACAUGUUUGCCACCUUUUCUGUGGACCGCUACUCGUUCCCUUCAGGCCACGCCACCCGCGCCGCCAUGUGCGGGCGCUUCCUGCUGGCUCACCUGGUGCUGGCUGCCCCGCUGAGGGUCCUGGUCCUGCUGUGGGCCAGCCUGGUGGGCCUGAGCCGAGUGAUGCUGGGCAGGCACAAUGUCACUGACGUGAUGUUUGGCUUCUGGAUGGGCUAUUGCCAGUAUAACCUUGUAGAGAUGUUGUGGCUCUCACCUCAAACCCUGCAAGGGCUGCUGGGACAGUUGGCUUAAUAUUAGGGAUUGAAGGAGGACAAGACAUGGAGGUUUUAAUCUUGAUUGUAGGAGCACCUGCACACCUUUUGUCUUUUAGACUGAUAUACGUAUAGGAGAAAUUGUCUUAGAGAAGAGAGCUCUAUCAAACACAGCUUUGUUCUGCUGUUAUCUGACACUUAAGUUCAAAAGGCCACUUUCCACCUGUAAUAAAUAGUACAGGACUUUCAAUCAGAAUAGACCAGGAGAAAUUUGUCCAGAUUAACCUGAAGCCACCUCACUCUCCCUGCCGGCCAUAUUCACUGGAAAUGAUUUAGGGCGUUUUCACACCUGCCUUGUUUAGUUCGGUUGAAUCGAACCCUGAAGCGUGCCGUUCGUUUGGGCAGGUGUGAACACAAUAAACACACUGGGUGCGGACCA